CCUAUUUAAGGAGCAAGUCAGUCUACGCCAAUCCUGCCCUCAGCGCUUGUCAAAAGCCGGUCAUUGCCCAGUAUCGAAUAUGUCUUCGCACAUUCUCGUGUGCUAUUACACUGUAAACUAAAGUGCAUGUGUUAUCCGUCGUAUAACAAUAUUUAGCCUUGAAUUAGCGGUGUUGUGAAUCGGUCAGUUAUCGAUCAAGCCCUCCGCCCUACACAGCUCCCUGAAAGGACGCCGAUCGGGAUUAUUUGUAUCUACAGAUGUUUCGUCCGUUAUAAUGCAAGAUGCAUGCUGAUGCUCGGAAGGGGCUGCUCGACUGCGUAUUACUCGUCCUUUUAACCUCCUCCACCGACUGAAAAUAAUCGUAAACCGCUGAAAACCGUUGAUAUUUUGGGGUGAAGAAUGACAGAAUAUAAGCUUGUGGUCGUAGGGGCUGGAGGCGUGGGCAAGAGCGCUCUCACCAUACAACUCAUCCAGAACCACUUUGUGGAUGAAUACGACCCAACCAUAGAGGACUCCUACAGAAAGCAGGUGGUGAUUGACGGGGAGACGUGUCUGCUGGACAUCUUGGACACUGCAGGUCAGGAGGAGUACAGCGCCAUGAGGGAUCAGUACAUGAGGACAGGAGAGGGCUUCCUCUGUGUCUUCGCCAUCAAUAACACCAAGUCCUUUGAGGACAUUCACCACUACAGAGAGCAGAUAAAACGAGUAAAGGACUCGGAGGACGUCCCCAUGGUCCUGGUGGGGAAUAAGUGUGAUCUUCCAUCCCGCAGUGUGGACACCAAGCAGGCUCAGGAUUUAGCACGUAGCUACGGCAUCCCAUUUAUAGAGACCUCAGCAAAGACGAGACAGGGCGUGGAUGACGCGUUUUAUACUUUAGUCCGAGAAAUCCGGAAGCACAAGGAGAAGAUGAGCAAGGAGGGCAAGAAGAAGAAGAAGAAAUCCAAAACAAAAUGUGUAUUAAUGUGAACAAGCCUUUCCUGUCAUUACAGACUCAACAAAAAAAGUUCCACAACUGCAUUUUGUACAUUACACUAAAUUAUUAGCCUGUUCAAAAUACAGAAUGGAUCCUUAUUCUACUUGCUUUCUUAAAAGAAAUAAGCUUUACUUCUCGUUCGGUGCCAGUUGCCCCAAAGUGUUGGUCCCUUGACACAUUUCUGGCUUAUUUUACCGGGUGGGCUGUGAGAGCUGGUGUUAUUUUGCAGUUGGUUUAUCUAGAGUAGUUUUAGCAGAUUUAUAAGGAAAGGAGAGGACAUGAAAACAGGCCUUUGGUGUGAUGUAUGAGAGAGAACUAGCUGUGUAGCUGUUUAGCCGUGAAAUUUGCAUGCGAGUCACUUGAUUUUACAGGAACUGAAACUUUGAGGAAUCUUUUUAUUUUUUAUUUUUUAGGACCAACACUUUCAGGUGGUGUUUUGAUACAUUUAUCACUGUGUAUGACCCUGCCUUUGGAUGUCCCGGACUUCC